UCUUCCAUUUCUUCUUGGGUUGGGUUAGGUCAUCGUGAAGAGUGAAGAUCAAUCGUAAGCUUAAAUACAGAGAAAUCUCUCCUUGAAAACAGAUUGGACUAGUUACUUGAGUGUGUGUGUGUUUUUUAUUUGAUUACAAUGAAGAAGAAGAAAAUCAAAGAUUCAUCCCGAUCAUCCAAUAAAAGUGAUUUGGAAAAUUCGGAUUUCAACACGGCAGUCAUGAGAAUCGCCGUCGCACAGAUGUGUCAGUCCGUCGGAUAUCAAGGCGCUCAAAUCUCAGCACUCAAAACCCUAACGGACGUUGCCGUCAGGCACAUUCGAUCACUGGCGAAGUACUCUACUACCUCCGCUGGAUCCACCGGCCGGACGCAGUGCAACCUUUACGACAUCGUCCGUGCAUUGGAAGAUCUUCAUUCCGACAUUGGAUUCCAUGGAAACUCAGAUCCUAAAAGAAGAUUAUAUAUACUCAGCGGUUCAUCGAUCCUCCGUGACACGAUGAAGUUUGUCUAUCGGAGUCGCGAAAUCCCCUUUGCAAAACCCUUGCCUCGUCGAAGCCCUACACUUCCAUCAAAUUCACCAUGUUUUCCCAAUCAGAAUACCAAAUGGAAUCACGUUCCGAGAUGGUUACCGGAUUUCCCUAAAAUCAGUGACGCGAGAGAACAACCGAUCGUUACUGCAUCAAAUGAAGGUGAAACCGCAUGGGAGAAGAAGAUGCAACCUACCGAAUCAGAUAAGGAAAUCAGCAAGUUGCCAGAGAAAAGGAAAAAGAUAAGUUUUAAGAUUGGCGGUGGUAAGAAUGAAACUGACAUGACGUUUGGGGUUGAUUUGAAGAGUGGGAUUUGUAAUUGGGGGAGGAGAAUUUCGUGCCAAAUCUAUGAUGUUGACAGGUUUUCAGAUGCUAGUAGCAGUAGCAAGAAGAAAUUAGAAGAAUCUUCUUCAAGAACAAAGAUGAUUGUGAUGCAUUGAUGUUGAAGCACAAUUGCUGAGAUCAUGUAAAAGGGAUUGUUAUAUAGUUACUGGGGAUAAAUUUGAUUGGUUAACAAGUUUUGAUCUGUGCCGCUUUUGUUUGUAAGUUUUAAAUAUACUGUACAUGGGAUGCAAAGUACAGCCCCCCUAUCUCUGUCUUCGAGUUUGAUUAUUUGAGCCUAAUCUGUUUUCUGUUGUUGAUUAUGGAAUCAAACAGGAGGUUGAAAAAAUCCACUGUACUUUUUACUGUUAUUGUAAUGGGACACGUACUCUUGCAACUGGUGAUGUCUCAAAAGAUAAUCCUUCUCCCAUAUCUCCAUGUGCAAUGAUGUUUGAAGAUUUCAGUUAUUUGAUUUUUCCAAAAUUCAACUGGGGUUUCCUCGAAUGGCCAUUUUCAUUAUGCAUUUGGUAUUAUUGGAAAAGAUUAUGACUUAUUUUUUUUUAUUGUUCAUUAUUCAAAUCGUUUGGUUUUUGGUUUUAGGGGCUGUUAGGUUAAACUCGAAUCCAUUUGAUUCCAAAUCUAUGAACUCUGUUGAAAGAUUUGGGCACACAGGCCCUGUAUAUGGGAAUUUGAACAUGGAAUAUAAUAUAUUUGACCCAAUUUGCAUCUCUAUCUUUACUUGAGCAUCCAUUUUAUGUAACCUAUGUCCAUUACAUUCAAUCAAUGAGACAAAACGGAAACCAUUUUCUCAUUCCGUUGUAAUAAACCAUUCCAUUCCUUUUCCUAGUUACAUCAUACCAAACACUUUUUUUGGCAGGAAUCUUGGAGCUACCCAUUGAAGCCAUCUGGCAUUUUUAUCUGGUGCUUAACUCAAAAUCCUGAUUCUUAUAAACAAUGCGAGAAGGUUUACUUUAUGAGGAUAGUUUAGAAGCAAAGUGUUGUGAUUCUAAAAAGGAUUGCUAAGAAGUGGAAGGAGAAGGACCUAUCUAUAAAACAAUCUUCUCUUCACACUAUUAAGUGAAACUAUCAGAAGUUUCAAGAACAUGGUAUUACAUCUCCUCCCAUUUCUCAUUUCUUACUACAUUGGUUCCUCCAUCUCAAAAAUAGUGUAAAUUCGGCCGUCUGUCUUAACUCUUAAAUAUUGUUUGACCAUGGUCAAAUUAAGCCCCUCGCAUGAUUUUUUGUCAUCCUGAAACCUUUUGACCUAUUUCCGGCUGAAGAGUCCAUAAGUUCGUCAAAAGACCAUUUUACCCUAUAAAUUUGAAUUUUACGUAUAUAUCCCUAUGACGUGUCAAAAACGAUUGUUUUACUCUCGAGUUUUGGUUGGAUAAAGUAUUAUUGUUUGUGUAA